AACAUUAUCAGCAUGCUCUUCUUACAGCUCCUCCUGCUCCCCGUGGUUCUCUCCGCUGUCCCCGCGGUCGAUCCUCUCCGCACCUUCCAGGUCCGGAGCCCUUUGACCGGGGAGGACCUGACGUGUGACCGGUGUCCUCCGGGCACCCACAUGACCGCGCACUGCACCGCCUCCACGGCCACCCAGUGCGCGCCGUGCCGCAGGGAGCACUACACCGAGCUGUGGAACCACCUGCCCCGGUGUCUGUACUGCGACAACUUCUGCACCGACAACCAGGAGGUGGAGACCGAGUGCUCGCCGGUCAGCAACCGGGCCUGUCGGUGCAAGGAGGGCUUCUACUGGGCCAGUGACUUCUGUGUGCGACACUCGGAGUGCGAGCCCGGGGAGGGCGUCCGGACCAAAGGUACGUCGCAGAAAAACACUGUUUGUGAACAGUGUUCUGAUGGCUACUUCUCCAACUCGUCUUCUGCUCUGGAAACAUGCGUGAGGCAUCAGGAAUGUGCAAUUGGACAGAUUGUGCUGCUUCCCGACUCAGUUUACCAUGACUCGGUGUGCGGCACCUGCGAUUCGCUUAAAAAUGGAGGUGAGCCACUCAGGACCUUCCUCUCGGACUUCUUCUCAAUGCACAGGAUGCGUGUGGUAAAGAUGAGGAGAUUUGUCAGCAGAUACAUCAACAGUUCGGCGCCCAGACAGAGAGGUGCUCUCAUGCAUCUGAUCACAGCGUGGCUGGCCCAGGCUCCAGAGGAGCAGCUGAGAAAACUGCCACAGAUGCUGAAGGACUCACACCUCAAAACCAUAGCAGAAAAACUGGAGAAGAGACUCAUGGAGAUCCAGCACAAGAUUCCAAACUGUAGCUUAAAUCUAUUAGACUGACAGCCCACGGUAUAUGUAGGAGUAUGACAUGUUUGAGACUAAUUAAAAGCCACAUACCUCAGUGUGAUACAGCUGAAUUUUUUUGCCUAUUUGAAAAGCACUUGAAUUUUUUUUUACCACAUUGUUUAUUUUCCUGUGAGAGUGUAUGCAUUGCCACGUGAUAUAUUUCUAGAAAUCAGUGAGGAAUAUAUGACAGAUACAUGAAAAGCAUAAUGAUGGACUGUUUCCAUUAAUUGUAUAUGGAUGUACUUACAUCUACAGAUUAAUUUAAAUAUUGAAUCAACGCUGCAAACAUUGAAAGAAUACUUCUAAACCAAAAUUCCGGUUACUAUUUAUCAGAGUAACCAAGCAUGGCUGUAAUGACCACUUGGUGUCGCCCUCUUCCAUCUUUACCUCUGGUCAUUGUAGACAUAUAUUUUAACAUAUGCAAAAUAGUUAUUUUACAAACACAGUGUUUUAUAAUCAUCUUUUCAUGCAUCAAAACCUGUUUCUCACUGACUCUGUGACCGUAAACCUGUCCAUCCAUCAUUCCACAA